AUGGAAAUCCAGCAGUUGAAACAUCUCGUCGAACAAACUAUAGACAAAGCAGCAGAGGAUCUUAACGAGCUAAGCCAACAAAUAUGGAGUCACCCGGAAACCGCGGAUAAAGAAGUUUUCGCACAUGAGACGUUAACCAAAUUUUUGGAGGAUCAUGGGUUCGAAAGGGUGGAUAAAAAGUACUUUCUUGAAACUGCGUAUAGAGCCACUUACGGUGAUCCAUGUUCUGAGGGAGCACAUGUAGCAUUCCUGUGUGAAUAUGACGCACUUCCGGGGAUAGGACAUGCAUGUGGCCACAAUCUGAUCGCCGAAGUCGGAAUAGCAGCAGGUCUGGCGUUGAAGGCAGCUAUUUCACAAUGUCCAAGUCUAGGCAAACUGACUAUUCUUGGAACUCCGGCAGAAGAAGAGAAUGGCGGCAAGGUUAGGUUGCUGAAAGCCGGUGCAUUUGAAGGAAUUGACGUCGCCAUGAUGGCGCAUCCAUCUAAGUAUGAGCUUCUGAAACCAAAUUACGUGGCCCGGAAAGAGAUCAAUUUCAAAUACACAGGAAAGGAAUCGCACGCGGCGGAAUGGCCAUGGGAAGGGAUCAAUGCUCUCGACGCAGCUGUGCUUUGCUACCAAAGCAUAUCUUGUCUACGACAACAAAUGGUACCAGGCUGGAUGGUGCACGGUGUAAUUUCCAAUGGUGGACAUCGCCCUAAUAUCAUCCCCGGGCAGUCACAGGUAGACUACUUCAUACGUUGUCCCACCACUUCUGAACUGAGGGUCUUCGAGGAAAAGGUGCUGAAGUGUGCUGAAGGAGCCGCCAGUGCUACCGGUUGCAAGCUGGAGGUAGUUCCAGGACAAGAGUACAUGUCACUGAUGACCAACGAGACCAUGGUUGACCUUUACGAGAAAAAUGGAAGCUCCCUCGGUAUUGAAUUUGAAAGGAGGGAGAAAAUAACCAAGAAACUAGGAGGAUCAUCGGAUAUGUCUGACGUAUCUCACUUCAUCCCUGCUAUCCAUCCGGAGUUUCGGAUAGGGACAGACUUCAAUAGUCACACCCAGGAAUUCACACCUGCCGCAGGAAGCUCGGAGGCACAACAGAACACGUUGUCGGUGGCCAAAGCUCUGGCUAUGACUGCAAUAGACAUCAUGGCUGACCAACGCAUCAUGUCAAAAAUCUGUGAGGACUUCAAAGCAGGUCAAGAACGCGAGAAAAACAACAUUCCGAUGUAA